AUGUCUGACUUCAAGUCCCUGCUGAAGCCGGGGUUCCGCCGUUCCAAUACUUCCUCAUCUGCCAAGUCUGACCUCUCAACCCCCUCGGCAAGCAAUCCUGCCGGGGGUGAGCAUAGCAGCCGAAAUCGAGGCUCCUUACGACUCAGCAAGAACAAGAGACUCUCAUCGAUUGCUUCGGUUCAAGAAGAGAAGGCACUGCCGGCACUUCCAACUCUCAACCACAUCAACCGGCCCAGAGGGCAAGCCGAAGCUCAGUCCACUCCUAGGCCCAAUCAAGGGAAAGAGCCUCGACAAAUCACACCUGUAGAAAAGAUCCAGCCUAAGCUGGUGGUUGAAGAGGCGUCUCCCCAACCGCAAAGGCGGGGUGAUACGACCUCGAAGAGUCAAAGCAAGCCUGCCGAGCGACCGGACAGAUUGAGGGAAUCUGAUGCUAGACCAAGUCUAGCAACAAGAAGGCAUUCGCCAAUAUCAUUUGAUCAGAGCAGAGGCUUCCCAUUUGUUCCUAACGACGAGUCAUCUCGCUCUCCGCAACGAUCCCCACCCUCCAGAACCCGCCCUCAAACUUACAAUAGAAUGCCGAGUCGAAAAGUCUGGGUAAAGCGGCCGAACGCAGUGGCUACUCAGGUACCAAUUGGCGAAGAUGACCUAGUGGACGAUGUAAAGGACAUGAUACUCCGCAAAUAUGCUAAUUCGCUGGGAAGAAAUUUUGACCCUCCAGAUGUCAAUCUGAAGCUUGUGCUGGGACCGCACUCAUCAAGACAUACGAACGAGCGAAACCUUGGCCCAGAUGAAAACAUUCUUAAAAUAUUGGACAUGCACUUUACUGGUGGGCAGUCUAUGGAUGAAGCUCUUCUUAUUGACGUACCGCGCAAAACACCUAAGCAUUCACCCCGAGUCGCCAUGCCCUACUACCUACAAGACGAUCUACGACCUGCCGAGACUGGAACAGAUUAUUUCCCUCCAAUGCCUGCCGCUGGGCCUCAGUCCCCCCAUCUCUCAUCAAAUCUAUCGCUUUCUGGAACUCAUGUCAAUUCCCAAAGACCGCCCGCACACGCACAUCCACACUCUAUUGCAAUACUAGAGACGGGUCAUGUACCGAAUCUACCGUCACCGGGUGCGGGAAACCGCACAAGACAUUCUGAUCGUCCGACACGCCCAAGACAUGUUCGCCAACAUACAUCCUCGCCUACAGUCAUAAGUUCGGUCCCCCAUUCGCAAGCACAUGAUCCUCACAAUGCGCCAUCGAAAAGCAACCCAGCUUCGACGCCUCCAGUUCCUGAAGCCCCUCAUCGUACCGCCACUCCUCCACCUCGCGUUGAUUCUCCUCGCCCUACACAAAAAACGAGACGAAGUAAAAAGAGUCCCCUGAAUGGGAAUUCUGCACACCAAAUCCACGGUCUGCUUGAUGGGUCCGUGCCUCCGAUAAACUGUCUGAUUGUUGAGGACAACAUCAUCAACCUGAGACUUCUCGAAGCUUUCCUAAAGCGGCUCAAGGUGAGAUGGUCAACUGCCAUGAAUGGUGAGAUAGCUGUAAACAAAUGGCGCGAAGGAGGCUUUCAUUUAGUCUUAAUGGACAUACAGCUACCUGUCAUGAACGGCUUAGAUGCUACGAAAGAGAUCAGGCGACUCGAGCGAGUGAACAAAAUUGGAGUAUUUGCAAAUAAUGCGGCUAGAAGCACACCAGAGUUUGAGAAGGGUGUGGACGACAGUUUGAUUGGCACAAGUAUGGAUGGCGCAGACGAUGAAGAAACUAGCAAGGAACCGAAACAAGAGGACAAUCUCAAGAACAUGUCAUUAUUCAAGAGUCCGGUCAUUAUUGUUGCGCUGACUGCGAGCUCUCUACAAAGCGAUAGGCAUGCAGCGCUCGCCGCUGGCUGCAACGACUUCUUGACUAAGCCUGUGAACUUCGACUGGCUUUCACGAAAAGUAAUGGAGUGGGGAUGCAUGCAAGCGCUAAUCGACUUCGACGGUUGGCGCAAGUGGAAGGACAUUUCGAACCAGAAGGCAGCUACAGGUGACGACAAGACAUCAAAGAAAGCUGUCAAUGGAAGGGUCUCGAGUGGAGAGAAGGUCAAGAGCCCGCUAAUGAACGGCAAGCAUAAGAAAUUCUUAGGGAUUACGGACGGUGGAAACAGCUCUGGCGGAGAAGGGGCUGGGGGCAGCAGUGGUGGCGAAGGAGGAUGA